UCUCUGUCUUUGCGUGCGGUUCAGUUUUAGAAGUAGGAAGAAUCGUUCAAGUAGAGGCGAGAUCCGUGCGUUUUCCUUUUACCCGACUCGAAUACAUUUUUAAAUAAACAAAUAUAUAUAUAUAUAUAUAAGAAAAGGAAUUCUUUACUAGUUAAUGAACGCAGUGUACAACAAAUGCAAAUUAACAUUGAAACAUUCAAAAGCAAUAAGAUAUCAAAGAGUGUUAAAGCAACAAAUAUAUAAUAGCCUUUUGUUUAGCAAUUGUGCAAUACCCGAAAACCCGAACAUAGAGAAACAGUCGAAAGAGUUAAAUACGCAUCAUAAAAGAAUCUCGGCAACAAAAAAAUAUAUUAAAAGAGCAUUGUGCAACUAAGUAAACAAUUGUAAAAGCUUAAACAAAACACGCUCACCCACACACAUAUAGAAAUAUAUACACAUACUACAACAAAAUGAGUGUCUGUGAGAACAAGACCGUUGUGCAACAGCAAUUGCAACAACAGGCCGCCGCUGCCGUUGCGGCCGCCGCAGCCGCUGCCGUUGCUCAGCAGCAGCAACAGCAACAACAACAGCCCACGCAAGUGGUGCCACAGCCGCAGCACAUGACGCCCCARCAACAACAACAGAGCACACAAAGCAUUGCCGACUAUUUGGCACAAUUGCUGAAGGAUCGCAAACAGUUGGCCGCAUUUCCCAAUGUCUUCACGCAUGUGGAGCGACUGCUGGACGAAGAAAUUGCACGUGUUCGUGCCUCCCUAUUCCAGAUUAAUGGCGUUAAGAAGGAGCCCCUCACCCUGCCCGAGCCCGAGGGCGCCAUGGUAACGCUGAACGAGAAGGUUUAUGUGCCAGUGCGUGAGCAUCCAGAUUUCAACUUUGUUGGCCGCAUUUUGGGACCGCGCGGCAUGACAGCCAAACAAUUAGAACAAGAGACUGGUUGUAAGAUAAUGGUACGCGGCAAGGGCUCCAUGCGGGACAAAAAGAAGGAGGAUGCCAAUCGUGGCAAGCCCAACUGGGAGCACUUGUCUGACGACCUGCAUGUUCUGAUUACCGUCGAGGAUACCGAGAAUCGCGCCAAAGUCAAAUUGGCUCAGGCUGUCGCUGAAGUGCAAAAGCUGCUCGUGCCGCAAGCCGAAGGCGAAGAUGAGCUAAAGAAACGUCAACUUAUGGAAUUAGCCAUUAUUAACGGCACAUAUAGGGACACAACGGCGAAAUCAGUCGCAGCUUUCUCAUGCGUUGGUUCUCCUUCUGCUUCUGUUCUGUAUCCCGCAGUGUGCGAAGAGGACUGGCGCCGUUUGGUUGCUGCAUCGGAUAAUCGCCUGCUGACACCCACAUUAUCGGGACUGGCCACCCAGAUACGUAAUCCCGCCAGUGCACCGCUCGGCGCACCAUUGAUACUUAAUCCACGAAUGACAGUGCCGACAUCUGCGGCCAGCAUACUGUCCGCCCAGGCAGCGCCGACAGCCGCCUUCGAUCAGACCGCCCAUGGCAUGAUCUUUGCAUCGCCAUACACCGACUACGCGAACUAUGCAGCACUGACCGCCAAUCCUCUGUUGACGGAAUAUCCAGAUCAUAGCGUUGGUCGAUAUAUGCAUGCCGGCUCCGUCUUUUGAACUUUUUUUUGUUUGCGUGCACCAAGAAUUUAUUGAAGUCCAUAUAAAUCGUUAGUUUUUAGUACCAGCUUAAACAAUCUGUAUAUGUAUUUAUAUAU